CCCCCUACCCCCUCCCCCCUCCCCCCUACCCCCUCCCCCCGUCCCCCCUCACCCCUACCCCCUCCCCCCCUCACCCCUACCCCCUCCCCCCCUCACCCCUCACCCCUACACCCUCCCCCCCUCCCCCCUCCCCCCUCCCCACCUCCCCCUCCCCCCUCCCCCCUCCCCCCUCCCCCCCUCCCCCCUCCCCGUUCCCCCCUCUCCCCCACCCCCCUCCCCGUUCCCCCUCUCCCCCUCUCCGCCUCCCCCCCUCCCCACUCACCGCCUCCCCCCCUCCCCCUCCCCCCUCACCGCCUCCCCCCUCCCCCUCCCCCCUCACCGCCUCCCCCUCCCCCUCCCCCCUCACCGCCUCCCUCCCCCCCCUCACCGCCUCCCUCCCCCCCCUCACCGCCUCCCUCCCCCCCUCACCGCCUCCCUCCCCCCCUCACCGCCUCCCACCCCCCCUCACCGCCUCCCCCCCCUCCCCCCUCACCGCCUCCCCCCCUCACCGCCUCCCCCCCCUCACCGCCUCCCCCCCCUCACCGCCUCCCCCCCUCACCGCCUCCCCCCCUCACCGCCUCCCCCCCUCACCGCCUCCCCCCCUCACCGCCUCCCCCCCUCACCGCCUCCCCCCCUCACCGCCUCCCCCCCUCACCGCCUCCCCCCCCCCCCCCAUCACCGCCUCCCCCCCCAUCACCGCCUCCCCCCCCGCCUCCCCCCCCAUCACCGCCUCCCCCCCCCCAUCACCGCCUCCCCCCCCCCCCAUCACCGCCUCCCCCCCCCCCCCCCCCCCCGUCACCGCCUCCCCCCCCGUCACCGCCUCCCCCCCCGUCACCGCCUCCCCCCCCGUCACCGCCUCCCCCCCGUCACCGCCUCCCCCCCCGUCACCGCCUCCCCCCCCGUCACCCGCCUCCCCCCCCGUCACCGCCUCCCCCCCCGUCACCGCCCCCCCCCCCCCGUCACCGCCCCCCCCCGUCACCGCCCCCCCCCCCCCCGUCACCGCCCCCCCCGUCACCGCCCCCCCCGUCACCGCCCCCCCCCCGUCACCGCCCCCCCCCGUCACCGCCCCCCCCCCCCGUCACCGCCCCCCCCCCGUCACCGCCCCCCCCCCGUCACCGCCCCCCCCCCCCCCGUCACCGCCCCCCCCCCGUCACCGCCCCCCCCCCGUCACCGCCCCCCCCCGUCACCGCCCCCCCCCCGUCACCGCCCCCCCCCCCGUCACCGCACCCCCCCCCCCCCCGUCACCGCACCCCCCCCCCCCCCGUCACCGCACCCCCCCCCCCCCCCGUCACCGCCCCCCCCCCCGUCACCGCCCCCCCCCCCCCGUCACCGCACCCCCCCCCCCCGUCACCGCACCCCCCCCCCCCGUCACCGCACCCCCCCCCCCCCCCGUCACCGCCCCACCCCCCGUCACCGCCCCACCCCCGUCACCGCCCCACCCCCGUCACCGCCCCACCCCCGUCACCGCCCCACCCCCGUCACCGCCCCACCCCCGUCAGCGCCCCACCCCCGUCACCGCCCCACCCCCGUCACCGCCCCACCCCCGUCAGCGCCCCACCCCCGUCAGCGCCCCACCCCCGUCAGCGCCCCACCCCCGUCAGCGCCCCACCCCCGUCAGCGCCCCACCCCCGUCAGCGCCCCACCCCCGUCAGCGCCCCACCCCCGUCAGCGCCCCACCCCCGUCAGCGCCCCACCCCCGUCAGCGCCCCACCCCCGUCAGCGCCCCACCCCCGUCAGCGCCCCACCCCCGUCAGCGCCCCACCCCCGUCAGCGCCCCACCCCCGUCAGCGCCCCACCCCCGUCAGCGCCCCACCCCCGUCAGCGCCCCACCCCCGUCAGCGCCCCACCCCCGUCAGCGCCCCACCCCCGUCAGCGCCCCACCCCCGUCAGCGCCCCACCCCCGUCAGCGCCCCACCCCCGUCAGCGCCCCACCCCCGUCAGCGCCCCACCCCCGUCAGCGCCCCACCCCCGUCAGCGCCCCACCCCCGUCAGCGCCCCACCCCCGUCAGCGCCCCACCCCCGUCAGCGCCCCACCCCCGUCACCGCCCCACCCCCGUCACCGCCCCACCCCCGUCACCGCCCCACCCCCGUCACCGCCCCACCCCCGUCACCGCCCCACCCCCGUCACCGCCCCACCCCCGUCACCGCCCCACCCCCGUCACCGCCCCACCCCCGUCACCGCCCCACCCCCGUCACCGCCCCACCCCCGUCACCGCCCCACCCCCGUCACCGCCCCACCCCCGUCACCGCCCCACCCCCGUCACCGCCCCACCCCCGUCACCGCCCCACCCCCGUCACCGCCCCACCCCCGUCACCGCCCCACCCCCGUCACCGCCCCACCCCCGUCACCGCCCCACCCCCGUCACCGCCCCACCCCCGUCACCGCCCCACCCCCGUCACCGCCCCACCCCCGUCACCGCCCCACCCCCGUCACCGCCCCACCCCCGUCACCGCCCCACCCCCGUCACCGCCCCACCCCCGUCACCGCCCCACCCCCGUCACCGCCCCACCCCCGUCACCGCCCCACCCCCGUCACCGCCCCACCCCCGUCACCGCCCCACCCCCGUCACCGCCCCACCCCCGUCACCGCCCCACCCCCGUCACCGCCCCACCCCCGUCACCGCCCCACCCCCGUCACCGCCCCACCCCCGUCACCGCCCCACCCCCGUCACCGCCCCACCCCCGUCACCGCCCCACCCCCGUCACCGCCCCACCCCCGUCACCGCCCCACCCCCGUCACCGCCCCACCCCCGUCACCGCCCCACCCCCGUCACCGCCCCACCCCCGUCACCGCCCCACCCCCGUCACCGCCCCACCCCCGUCACCGCCCCACCCCCGUCACCGCCCCACCCCCGUCACCGCCCCACCCCCGUCACCGCCCCACCCCCGUCACCGCCCCACCCCCGUCACCGCCCCACCCCCGUCACCGCCCCACCCCCGUCACCGCCCCACCCCCGUCACCGCCCCACCCCCGUCACCGCCCCACCCCCGUCACCGCCCCACCCCCGUCACCGCCCCACCCCCGUCACCGCCCCACCCCCGUCACCGCCCCACCCCCGUCACCGCCCCACCCCCGUCACCGCCCCACCCCCGUCACCGCCCCACCCCCGUCACCGCCCCACCCCCGUCACCGCCCCACCCCCGUCACCGCCCCACCCCCGUCACCGCCCCACCCCCGUCACCGCCCCACCCCCGUCACCGCCCCACCCCCGUCACCGCCCCACCCCCGUCACCGCCCCACCCCCGUCACCGCCCCACCCCCGUCACCGCCCCACCCCCGUCACCGCCCCACCCCCGUCACCGCCCCACCCCCGUCACCGCCCCACCCCCGUCACCGCCCCACCCCCGUCACCGCCCCACCCCCGUCACCGCCCCACCCCCGUCACCGCCCCACCCCCGUCACCGCCCCACCCCCGUCACCGCCCCACCCCCGUCACCGCCCCACCCCCGUCACCGCCCCACCCCCGUCACCGCCCCACCCCCGUCACCGCCCCACCCCCGUGGAAUGAAAUGAUUAGAAUGGUUUAUAAAAGUUGCCAAGAAGUAGAAAAUGAACUCAAGAUCAUGUGGAAUGGAUAUUUUGAAGAACUGUGGAACGUAAAUGGAGACCUGGACAAGGAAGAAGAAAUUGAGUAA